AUGCUCGAGACUUUUGCACAACAAGCUCGUCAAUUGCUCAGUGAUGCGGUGGAUCUCGAAUUGGGGGAGCCACGAUGUCCCGAGUGCAGCCACUGUCGAGGUCUUGAAAACAAUCAUGAUGUCGAAGCAUCUCAGGUUGUAGAUGCACCCACUCCAACAUCUCAGGAUUGUCAUCAGAACAUUGUGAUGGACUCCUUGAAUUUCUCCGACAGCAGCCACGGUACUUCUCAAGAAAACCCACCCACCAUUCCGGCCGGUAUCUCAAAGGAAGGGACCCGGAGCCUUCGCCCUUUCGAGCUACGAAACCUGAGAAGCACCAGUCUUCCUUCUCUAAAAGACGACCUGAGUGAAGGGCGUGCGACGACUACAGGAGUGACCACGACGACGCCCAACCAAAACCUUCCCCUCAAACUCAGAGACGACCCUGCCAAUUUCAACGCUGUACAAACACCCUUGUCCGACCAGACCUUUGUGGACUACAUGGAUCUUUCCAGCUUCGAAUUCUUGAACAAUCACAGUAGUACGGCCACAAUGACGCCCUCAGAGGAGUCCGUACCGGUAACGGUACCGUCGCUACCGUGCCAGGAUACCGUGCAGGGGAGUGCAGCACUGCACCUGGCGGCAAGAGAAGGCCGAGCGCGAAUUCUCUCAAUCCUCCUCCGUACUGGCCUGCGCGUCGAUUCGCGGGAUGAGCGAGGGCGGACGCCGCUGCAUCAUUGUGCGUCCCACGGCCAUUCCGAGGCGGCCGAGGUCCUUCUCGCAGCUGGGGCCAAUAUCAAUGCCGUGGAUGUGGACGGAGUCAGCGUCAUCAUAGCUGCAGUCAAAUCAGGAAGCGAGAAAAUGGUAGAACUGUUGCUGAAUUGCCAGAGAUAG